AACCUCUCGCGCUGUAAACAUCAGCACAGCGAGAGGACAAAGAACUCGGCACCGUUUCACAGUCGGCUCGUUUUUCAGCAACAGCGAGUGUUAUUUUUUAGCUCAUAGCUCAUCUUAUAAAACUCGGUUUCUGUCUUUAGUGAUUUUUUUUGUUGUUGUUAAGUUUUUGAUAUUUAGGAUGAGUUUUGUUGAAGUGAAGAAUCUCGAGCCCACCACUUUCGAGGAAGAGAACUAUGAUGAGUAUGAGUACUACAACCUGACUGACCGUUACACGGGGGGCGCCAGCCGCAAGGGCAGGACCAAGAAGGAGGCGAGCGACAACACCAACCGCCAGAUCCCGGCGGGCCACGAGCGCAAGAUCGUCACGAAGCUUCAGAACAUGGAGAAGAAGGCCAAGGAGUGACGCGCGAGACGCGACCGGACGGCUAACUCUGGUAACUGACCAAUGACGGCCUUGGCAUCUCAGAGGGUGAAUCUCCAUGGCGACGAGAGGCCGUGUGUGUGUGUGUGAGCUGGUGCCCGUCCCUGUGCUGAGCGGCACGUGUGAGGGGGGUGGUGUGUGUGGGACGCGUCCUGAUAAGACCCCCCACCCCACCCCGCCCCGCCCCGCCCCG